AUGCUGUUUUUUGCCUGGUUUUCCUGCUACUGGGUGCUUCUCCCCUACGGCUGGUGGUUCGGUGCUUGGCUCAGUAACGUUGGGUAUCGUACCUGCUUCACCGUCUCUAUUUCUUACAACAAACUGAUGGAAGACUACGGCCUUUCCUUAUACCAGCAUGACUCGCACACGGGUGUGACGGCUCUCAUGCUGGUACUCAACAACCACUAUUCAAAUAUCCACAAUCCAUUGAUCAGCACCGGGCAUGAGCUGUGCGUUUGUUCGUGCAAGGUGUUGGGGUUCAAAAGUCGCUAUCAUUCUCACUACUACGCGGGACAUGUUUCUCAACCUCAAGAAGCUCGCCGGCAAGAAAUGAACGUGAUCCAGCAUCAAAUCAUACCUCUGCAAGAGUCAGAGAGGAUGCUGGCGACACGAUAUGGGAUGGCCGAGGAUUUUGAUUCGGUAGAAGUCUUUAGCGAGGGCCAAAAAACGGGCAUUUGCCGGAAUUGGAUCCGACUAAAUGAACUUCGGCUGAGGCUUGCUGGGCUCCGUCUUUCAACACGUGCCUAUGCAGUCACUCCUCCCUGCAAACUAAGGAAGGCAAUGAUAAUCGCCUCUAGGAUUGAGCCAUCAGAGCAUAGCAGAAAGCCACCUGAACCGUCAUGCAGCCGCGCUUCAGCGCUGGUCAUUCAGAACCUGCAAGUCUUGACCACUGCCUUGAAAGAAAAGGCGAACUACAGUCGCAAGAGCGUCGGCUACCGCCGCGUCGAUUCCUGA